AUGGGUUUCCUCGGUGUGUACACGGCGGUGUACGAUUAUCAACCUCAGGGCGAGGGUGAAUUGGAAAUCAAAGAAGGUGACCUGCUCUGUGUUCUGGAAAAGAACAGUGAGGACGAUUGGUGGAAAGCAAAGAAGAAGGCGGAACGUGAUGACGACGAUGAACCGGAAGGGUUAAUUCCGAACAACUAUAUUGAGGAAGCGCAACCUAUCCACCGCGCCAAGGCGCUCUUCGACUACACGCGACAAACGGACGAAGAAGUGUCCUUCUCAGAAGACGCGGAUAUCUUGGUCUACGACACUUCAGAUCCCGACUGGACUUUGGUCGGCGUCCAUUCGGAUUAUGGGUUUGCGCCGGCGAAUUACAUUGAGAUCGUCGGGCAUGCCUCGGCUGCGCCUCUUUCGCCUGCCGCCGACGAGGAACCGGCGGCACCAUCGCUGCCAGUGCGGCCACCGCAACCCCAGGCCGCCGAAGACGACGACGAGCCUCCCUCGCCAUCUCCGAUUGACAGCGUCCAGAAUCCUGCCGCUGCGGCCAUUGCCAACAUCAUCCAUCAGCAACACGCGCCGCCUCCCGCGCAACCCGAGUACUCGCGCGAUGAGCCUUCACCCCCGCGGCUUCCAUCCCGGCCCCCGCCUGAACAGGAGGAAUAUCGUGCAGAGUCUCCUCCACCCCCUUCUCUUCCUCGUCGGCCACCAUCAGAAGUGCCCACGCCAACCUUCUCCCACCAUGACUCCGAGCCAGCGUCAUCCCCCGCUCACUCCAACCCGCCCCCGCCUCCCAUGGGGGGUCACAGUCGGCCAUAUGUCAAGGAGUCGCCUCCCUACAGCCGAGGUGGAGAAAUUACUCCUCGGUCACCAUCGGGCUACCACAUCUAUAACAUUAAUGAGAUGGUCGAAGUGAUGGGCAAGCGCAAGAAGAUGCCAACCACCUUGGGCAUCAAUAUGGCCACCGGAAUCAUCUUCAUUAGCCCGGAGGGAGAUGAUCGUCAGCAGGAAUGGACCGCCGAUAAACUCACUCACUACUCGAUCGAGGGCAAGCACGUCUUUGUUGACCUGAUUCGGCCCAGUAAGAACAUUGAUUUCCAUGCGGGAGCCAAGGAUACGGCCCAGGAGAUUGUCGCAGCGCUGGGAGAGAUUGCCGGUGCCUAUCGCGCCGAGGGCCUCCGCGAAGUUUUCGCUGCAAUCACGGUGGCUGUCGGGGAUGAGGUCGCGAUUCUGGAUGACACCAAAGCCGAGGAGUGGUGGAUGGUGCGUCGCUUGAAGAAUGGACGUGAGGGAGUUGUCCCCAGCAGCUACGUGGAGAUUAUCGGGUUCAUGCCCGGUCAGCCGUCUCCCGCGAUUGAAUCGGCCAAGUCAACCGUGGAGCGCAACCGUUCCGAGGAGGCUCGUUUGGCCAAGGCGGCAGUGGGAAGGCCACGAACUGAUUCACUGGAGACUCCCGAGCGAAGCAAACGGGACAGUAAGCGGGAUAGCAAGCGGGACAGUAAGACUUCCAAAUCUAAACCGGAUCCAAGCAAAGUCAGAAAGUGGACAGACCGAACCAAGGCAUUCACGGUCGAAGCCGAGUUCAUCGGUCUCUUGGAUGGCAAAAUCCAGCUUCACAAGGUCAACGGCAUCAAAAUCGCCGUUCCGGUGGCCAAAAUGUCCGUGGAGGAUCUGGAAUACGUCGAGAAGGUUGCCGGAGUGUCUCUGGACGAAGACAAGCCUCUUUCAAGCAUUCGAGCUCGCGCAUCCGACGAUGCGAAACGCGGUCCGGCCGGCGCCUCUGUACAGGGUCCCGAGUACGACUGGUUUGACUUCUUCCUCAAAGCGGGUGUUGGCCCACACCAGUGCGAGCGGUACGCGCAAAACUUCCUCAAAGACUCCAUGGAUGAGUCUGUCCUGCCUGAUAUCACUCCGGAAACGUUGCGAACUUUGGGCUUGAAGGAAGGUGAUAUUCUUCGUGUGAUGCGCCACCUCGACAAUACCCUCGGCCGCACCGGCUCCAAGUCCAAACUGCGAAACGUCAGUUUCGGAGGCGAAGAGGUUAUCAGCAACGGAGAGGAAGGUGGACUCUUUGCUGGACCGGGUGGCAUGUUGCGCAACAACACUCGCAAGGGUAGACCAACGCCUGCGGUGCAGGCCGGUGACGUGGUUGAUCCCAAGGCAUUCGAGCAAGCCGACGGCUCUCAGCCCAAGAAGCCUGAGGAGAGAACCGCAACACCGCCGACGCCGGCAGCUCCGACAGCUACAGCGUCAGCCGAAAAGCCCGUUGCUCGAGGGUUCGAGGACGAUGCUUGGGAGGUGAAGAAACCCCAGGGAUCUGCUGCGGCACCUCCACCCAAAACCUCUGCUUCGCCUCCCCCGGUCCAGUCUCCCAUCCAGAAGCAGAUCACCGGUGCCAUGGCGGAUCUGUCAAUCCUCCAGGCUCCGCUUCAGCCCACUCCAGCGUCACCCGCGCAACCAACCCCUUCUAUCUCGAGUAUCCCAGCUCUGCAGCCGCAGCAGACUGCCGUCCAGAGUCCACCGGUGCAACAACCGCAGCAAACAGGCGCCACCCCGAAUUUCUUCAACCAGAUCGCUCAAAUUGGCCAACACCAGCAGCAACAACAUCCACAGCAGACCGGGUUCCAAACGCAGGCCCGACCACGUCCAGUGGCCCCGCAGGCUAUGGCUCAGAAUUCGUUGCUCCCUCCGCCUCCGCCACGUCCCUUGUCGGCUCCCCAGAAUUUCACUCCGCAGCAAACAUCAUUCAGUCCUCCUCCAUUGCAGCCUCAAUUGACCGGGAUCCCUCAGCCAGGUGCUCCUUCCAUGGGUCAACCCAUGAACGGUGUGAAUCAGCCAGGCAUGCAAUCCCCGCUUCAGAUGCAGCCGCAAAUCACCGGUUUCAUGGGCCCGAACCAAUAUCAGAAUGGCAUGAUGGUCCCUCAGCCGACCGGAUUUACACCCCAAUCGCAGUUUGGCAUUCAGCAGCAACAACAGAACCAACUUCCUUACGCCAACGGCCAGCCUGGCUUCCCAAACAUGGCCCCGCAGCCCACUGGUAUGGCCCCCCAACCCACUGGCUUUGGUGGAUAUGUUCCCCCGCUGCAACCCAUGGCCACGGGUAUCAACGCCAUAUUGCCUCCAGCUCUGCAGCCUCAACCGACUGGGGCCAGCCGCUUCGGAAAUGCCUCGUACUCGGUCCAUAACCCCCCGCCCGUGCCACCGAUUCCUUCGCAGCCCACUGCCACUCCUCUGAUGCCGCAGAAGACGGGACCGCCUCCAUCAAUUCGAUUCGGAGUCAAGCCCGAAGGCCCUAAGAAACUCGCUCCUCAGCCGACAGGAAUGCGGGCCAAUCUGGCUCAAGCUACGCCCAACAACCCCUUCGGUUUCUAG